UCUGAAUGACAGAGAUUGCGGCUUAUUGCAGAACACAAGAUCAGAAACGAUCCAUACCAUGUAUAUUUGCUGUUGCUAGGGUAGCAGGAGAAAAGGGGGAAAAAAAUGAAUGCAGUGUGGAAGCUGUAGCAGGUUUGCACUGUGAUGAAAGGCUAUUCUGCAGAUCACUAGAAAUUUGCUUUUUACAAUGAAUGGGGCAUUUUCAUUCAUCACUGCUGGGAUCAGAGUAGAGGAGUUUCCUGUUUGCCGGAACGUACACAAGAUUCCAGAUAGAAGGGCAUGCUUCAGCGUUCCAAGUAUAACCGCUUCAGGAAUGAUUCGAUGACAUCAGUGGAUGAUAUUGUCCAUAACUGGUCCAUCAACAGCAAGUUCUCCUCAACAGAUAGCACCUCAGCAUCUUCACCAUAUCUGGCCUCACCUGAGAACCUCCAGAAAGAGCAUGAUGGACACACCACCCUUUCCACUCUUGUGCCUAAAGCGUCCCAUUUAAAACUCUCCUCCACAGGCAGCCUUUGGGGCAUCAAGAGUCUCUCCUCUGCAGUGAAAGAGCUGGCUGUGUCCAAGUUGCAGGGUGGCUCAGCAGCAGAGACCUCAGACAACAUAUGUAGCCUUGCUACUUCAACCCUGUCUUCUCAGCAGGACAAGAACAAGAUGAAUACCGGAAAAAAACCAUGGUCGGAGGAAAUGUACCUGGGAGGUGAGGACUGGAAUCAACGUGGCAGCACUGUCAACAAAGUACCCCAAGGGUGGCUGCAUUCAAAUGAGAAGAUCCUAGGACCUGGAGUGAUGUACAUUGUGAAGUAUUUGGGAUGUAUAGAGGUCUUGCGGUCCAUGAAAUCUCUGGAUUUUAAUACUAGAACACAGAUUACAAGAGAAGCAAUUGGCCUUGUUUGUGAAGCUGUGCCAGGAACCAAAGGAGCUUUUAAAAGAAGAAAGCCACCAAGUAAAGCUCUCUCUAAUAUCCUGGGGAAGAGCAAUCUUCAGUUUGCUGGAAUGAACAUCAGUCUGAAUAUAUCCACUAGCAGCUUAAAUCUGAUGACUCCUGACUGCAAACAGAUUAUAGCAAACCAUCAUAUGCAAUCUAUUUCUUUUGCAUCUGGAAUAGACAUGGAUACAACAGACUAUGUUGCAUAUGUAGCUAAGGAUCCUGUUAAUCACAGAGCAUGUCAUAUUCUUGAAUGUUGUGAUGGUCUUGCCCAGGAUAUAAUCAGCACCAUAGGGCAAGCAUUUGAACUUCGUUUUAAGCAAUAUUUGCAGUGCCCUUCUAAGAUUCCAGCACUUCAAGACAGGAUGCAAAGUCUGGAUGAACUGUGGAUGGAAGAAGACCGCGAAGUGGCAGAACAUCCUUACUACAAUAAUUUCCCAAACAAAAUGCAUCCCACUGGGGACCUAGUGGACGAAAGAGUCAAGGUCAAAAUCCCCCCUAUUUCAGAUCCUGCUCAGUCUGCCUCAGCAUUGGGAAAAGAGCAAACAUACUACCAGAGCCAGCACAUUAGAAACGUAUGCGGUGAAGACCGGCAACAGGCACCCAGCAGGCAAGGGUCUUUGGACAUUUACAGUAUGCCAGAAGGAAAAUCCAAUGUUGAUUCAUCAAAGGAGAUGCCAAUGUAUGAGAAUACACGACAUAUAAAUAUGGAAACUCUACAUGCUCUUCAGACAGAGGCUGAACAUUUGUUUACUGAAAAAAUAGAAAGCACCAAAGACAGCAGACCAGGAAAAGAUCUUUUUGACAUGAGCCCUUUUGAAGAUGCUCUCAAGAAUCAAAUGCCUGGGCCUGUUUUGACUAAGGCUACCUCAUUUGAAUGUACCAGUCCUCUCCUUUCCAGAGCAAGAGGGGCAGCUGCAGCUGAAGAACUGAGCAAUGAGCCCUGGUAUCAAGGAGAAAUGACCAGGAAAGAAGCAGAAGAGCUCUUAAAGAAAAGUGGAGACUUUCUGGUUAGGAAAAGUACCUCCAAUCCAGGAUCCUAUGUACUCACUGGUUUACAGAAUGGACAAGCCAAGCAUCUUCUGUUAGUAGAUCCUGAAGGAGUUAUUCGUACAAAGGAUCGUAUCUUUGACAGCAUUAGCCACCUGAUCAAGCAUUAUCUUGAGCACAAUUUGCCCAUUGUCUCUUCUGGAACUGAACUCUGCCUCCAACAGCCUGCUGAAAAAAACCAGUGACUGGCUCUCUGGCUGAUGAGAUGUGCAACAAGCCACAAUCAGAAAUAAAGUGUAGCUGUAGGUCCAUAGAAAAAGAACAUCACCUGUUGAGGUUUUCUGAAGACUGAAGAAAUACCAUUCCUGCAGGGUACUAGAAUAAUAUGUUCUUAGGACUUUGGAAUAGGGAAGCAUUUAAAAAAAUACUGCUUAGGAGGAUUUUCAGAAAAGUGUCUUUACUCAUUCCUUAACAGGAACACUGUUUGUGUACAUUCACACAUGUCCCAUUCUGUGUAGACAUGGUAGAUAGGUGUAUUUUUGAAGUCAAUCUGCUGAAGACAACAACCAUUUUUCUACUCUUCAGGUGCAGUUUUAACAGAAGAAAAGAUCUGAGUUGUGUAUGAUUGUGAAGUUAGAAUAUAAGUAUCACAAGUCUUGUUUCCUUUAGAAAAUUAAAGCUAAAAAAAAGGUAAGAGUAGAAAUGUAAUGUAAUAAGCACAACAGUAGAAAUCAAACAGAAAAAAAAAUGCAACUAGCGAGCAUCAGAUAAAGGAAAAUGACUCUGUGAGAUAGUAUUCCAACCGGAAACAUUAUCCCGAAUCAACUUUUUAACACAUUCUUGUUUCUCAAGUAAAUGAACAUUUCCCCACACUUCAGAUGUCUCAUUUUGGUUCCUAUAUAACACUACUCCAGAUUGUUUGCGAUUUGUUUUGACUUUGACUUGAUGUGAUCUGUGUAUGAAGUACAUGCAUUCAAUUUUCUAAUAAUAUGCUAUAUGAAAUUACUUUGAUUUAAUAAAAUAGU